AUGUCACAAUCUUCUUCAACUUCAAAGAAAUUCAAAGUAAUGAUUGCUGGAGCUGGUCUUGGUGGACUGGUGUUGGCCGGUGCAUUGCAAAAGUAUGCUCCAGACACUGUGGAGGUGGCAAUAUUUGAAAGGGAUCCACAUCCUACAUCUAGAGUGCAGGGCUAUCUUAUUGGUAUCAAUAAGAUUGGCACAGCUGCACUAAAGGAUGCCUUGUCGCCAGAGAAGUUCCAGAGAAUCCAGACCGAGUUGUUCAGAGUUGGCACACAGUUUAUCAUCACCAACAAGCAACUCGAACAUCUCAUGGGCCUACCUGCCGGCGCCACUGUCAACAGAGUCGAGUUGAGAAGAGUGCUCAUGGAGGGUCUGGACAUCACCUACAACAAACGUAUUCAGUCCUACACCGAACAUGAAGAUGGUCGUGUCGAGGUGACCUUUGUCGACGGCACAAAGGACACUGGCGACUUUUUGGUUGGCGCCGGACGGUAUCAAGUCGACCGUGAGGAAGCAGAAGCUGCCCAGACUUUGAGCUCGAGUGCUGCAACAUAUAACAAGAUCGACAUGCUCAUCCCCAAUGUGCCAAAGGACGAUGCCGACGAGAUCUUCACCAACUCUAGCAAUGAUAUGAUGAUCGUCAAGAUCAUGGGCAACAAGAAGAACACGGCAAUCAUUGGCAGGAGUAACUCGUUGCAAGAGGCCGUCAACUUUGGUGUCAAGGAGGUGGACAUCAUCACACGUAUCGUCGCUCAGAAUGACUCGUCCAUUGGCAACAACCUAGUGCUCAUCUCCUACCAAUAUCGUCCAGAGGGUGCUCUUCCAGAGGGUCGCGCUGCCAUGUUAGAGGUCGUUCGAAAGGGCAUGGAAGACUGGCAUCCGUUGUUGAGAAAGAUGGUCAACGAGCUGGCCACACCAGAGCAUGUGAUGACCGAUCAGGCCCACUCCUACUUCCAGGCCACGCCCACUCAGUAUCCCAAGGUGUCAAGGGUCACACUGCUAGGCGAUGCGGCACACGCCAUGACGUCACACGCUGGUAUGGGUGGCAACACUGCAAUGAAGGAUGGUCUUGACCUAGCCAAGGCUUUGAUAGAGGUAGCCAAAGGUGGUGAUCUCCAGACAUUGAUCGGGGCCUACGAGAAGGAGAUGCUCAGACUUGGUUUCAAAGCGGUCAACAUCAGUCGUGCCAACUCUGAACGAAUGCAUGCCAAUGAUGUUGGUUACAUCGGUGAGGCCAUCAGGAACAGAUUCAUGAAGAUGUUCUACAAGCUUGUAGUAUGGGGUGUAAUAAAGCUUGAGUAG